GGCUUUCAACUUUGGUUAAAUACUCUACUGUCCGUGUUCAAGCUGAAGUGAUUCGUCGCUGGCUACUCGUCAGGACAUCGGCCAUGCCGACUUCCGAUGGGCAUUGGAUGAGGUCUCAUUGUCUUACACCUAGCCAUCAAUGCAGUCUAUGAUUCCUUAUCUCCAAGAGUAGGAAUCUGGGGCCAAUCACUAUCGUGGGCCAUCCACCACGAUGUUGGUGCACUGCGGCAUGUGCAGCAGCAGCAGCGUUGCAGGCUUUGUGAAAUGCACCAGGCUGUGCGGUGCCCUAGAACUAUGCUUUAAAAAUAAGAACUGCCGGAAUUCUCCACAGAGGAGAAAAUCCUCAGCAUACUGCAAGGCGAGUGCGCGUACUCUGGAUGAAGCUGCCACAACAGGCGCCUUGGGCCCAGAGAGCCAGCAGCGCUCGCGCUCACACAAAACAGAAGUCGUGAUCAUUGGCAGCGGCCUUGGCGGCCUCUGCUGCGCAGCCAUGCUGGCAAAAUAUGGCGUGAAGGUGACGGUGUGUGAGAGCCACAGUAUUCCGGGAGGCGCGGCGCAUGCAUGGGUGCAGGACGGGUACCAUUUUGAGUCUGGUCCAAGCCUCUACUCCGGCAUGGCGGCAAGGGGGCGCGCAGCGAAUCCUAUCGCGCACGUGCUGCAGGCCAUAGAUGAGCCGCUGGAUUUGCUAACCUACAACAAAUGGAACGUUCUCCUGCCUGAGGGAGACUUCAUGACGAAGGUUGGCGGCUCCGAGUUUGAGGACGUGCUGCAGCAAGUCAGUCCGAGCGCCAUCCCAGAGUGGCGGGAGUUGCAGAGGGUGAUGAAGCCGCUGGCGGCCGCCGCGACGGCGCUACCGCCAGCGGCGCUGCGCGCGGACCCGGCCGUGGCCGUCACAAUUGCGCGCUACCUGCCACAAUUAUUGCAGGGAGGCGGGGAUAUCAGGCGGCUGGUGGGGCCCUUCAGUGACAUUGUAGAUGGAGUUGUGAAGGACAAGUUUGUGCGCAACUGGCUGGACCUGCUAUCCUUCCUCCUCUCAGGCAAGCGCCUCCGACCCAAUUCAAAAAAGUCAACUUCUGUGGCAUUCAUGUUCAACGAGUGGUACCAGCCGAACGCAUGCCUUGAAUUUCCCCGCGGCGGCAGCCAAGCUAUCGUACAGGCGCUCAUCAGGGGCAUAAAGAAGCGGGGAGGCCGGGUAAUGUUGAGCGCGCAUGUGGAUCAGAUCAUUCUAGAGGGUGGGCGUGCCAAGGGGGUUAGCCUCCGGGGCGGCAGCCGCGUGCUGGCUUCCAAGGCUGUUGUUUCAAAUGCCUCUCUCUGGGAUACCCAGAGUCUUCUGCCCGCCUCUGCUGUCACUCCGCAGAUGCUCCAAAAUGCAGCGGAGAUCCCUUUGAACCGCAGCUUCAUGCACCUUCACCUAGGGUUUGAUGCAAGGGGAUUGGAGGGUUUGGAGAUGCACCACAUCGUGGUCAACAGCUGGGAGGGCGGCAAUGUUGUGCUUAUUUCGAUUCCCUCGGUGAUGGAUGCUGACCUGGCGCCAGCUGGCAAGCACACGCUUCACGCCUACCUGCCUGCCACAGAACCGUUUGCCCUCUGGAGUGGGCUGGAGAGAGGCAGCCCCGAGUAUGAGGCGCAGAAGCAGGAGCGGUCGCAGGUGCUGUGGAAGGCUGUGGAGAGGAUCAUUCCCGACAUCAGACAGCGCACAGAGAUCGAGAUGGUUGGAACGCCCCUGACCCACAGGCACUUCCUCAGGAGGCACAAUGGAACGUAUGGCCCCGCCAUCAAGGCAGGCCAGGGAACUUUCCCAGGGCCAACCACUCCCAUACCAGGCCUGCUGUGCUGUGGCGACUCCACGUUCCCAGGCAUCGGCGUGCCAGCUGUGGCUGCCAGCGGUGCAAUUGUGGCAAACACCCUUGUGCCUGUUUGGGAUCAUUGGAAGCUUCUGGACAGGAUUGGCACCUAG